CGCUGGGCUGGUCCCGGCUCGGGGAGCCGGCCGGCCGCGUCUCGCUGCUCCCGCAGAGGCGAUAUCAGCCCCGUGGGGCUCGGUGCCCGUGGGAGAAGAGCGGGCUCCUCACGGCUUUAAUGAGCACAGCCCCGAGGGGCUGCCUGGGCCGCGGCUUUGUGCGCGGAGAGGCCGCCGGGCCGAGCCGGAGCUGCGUUCCCCUCACGGGGCCAGCGCUGCCUUCUUCCCUCCCUGCCCCUUCCAGGCCUUUUGUCAGAGCUGGCGGAGCCGAAGGAAAGUUUGGAGAGCGCUCGUGAAAUGUACUAAAGGCAAGACGCGGUUGUUUUGGUUUGGUUUUGUUUUGUUUUGUGUUCUGUGUUGCACUAGCACUUGCAGGUCUGAGAGAUGUUUCUCCCCUCUGCCUACAGCAGAAUAUUGUGAUAUGGUUUCCUAGUGUCUUCUCUCCUUUUUACCUUUCCACCGCCUAAAACUCACAACACUGCAACAGAAAACGUUUGGAAGGUGAUAAGUGAAAGUUUGUAUGUGUGAAUGCUCCUUCCAGGUAGUAAAUGAGAUUAUUUUGGAUGACAAGCCGAAUAGAGUAAAUGUUUAUCUUUGAAGGAGUCAAUAGAGAGAGAGUGUAGCCUGGAAAUACUUUGUGAUAGGCCAAGGUAGACAGGUGGUUUCUCCUCCUUUUUUUUUCUUCUUCCCUCUAUCAGAGAAGUGGGACAGGAUAUUGUGAGAAAAGCAUCAUCUUGGCCAUGUCCGAGACUCGGGAAAUUCUAAAUCCAUAUUCAAACAAUUAAAGGUUUCAGUUUUUAAGAUUUCAUUAGGAACUCCAUCUGGCCCCUCUGGCUUAGAACCUUUGAUAUUUUUAAAUCCUCAGUUUUGCUCCUUUUGAAUGAUGCUGGGACAGCAGUUCAGUUCUGGGAGUUACAUAAGAAUUUGGACCUAAAGCAUGAGGUUUGAUACUCUAGUUUUAAGAAUCCAUCUCAUUAGGGUCUGGCCUUGUCUAACACUGCAAAGUCAUGUGCAGUUCUUUGUAGUAAUCUGUCAGAUGCUGGUGGUGAUAGAACCAUUUUUUUAAGUAGUGCAGUAUUCUAUUACUCAUUAAAAAAACACCCCAAAUCCCAAACAAAAAACCAGAAGAAAUCUCUACAGGUUCCCCUCCCCCAUCUAUUUGGCCUUAACCCAAUGAUUUCUGAAGACAAUUAUAAUUCUGCAUACACAGCUGGAGCUGUUGUGUAACAAAAAAGCUGUAUUUUGUACAUGGAUUAAAGCUGGUAUAGCAUUAAACUUAAAAGUUUAGGUUGUCCUCUGAGCAAUCCAACCGAGAUAGGAGCAUUUACAGUACAAUAUAUGAGUUUGUUUCAGUGAGUGUUAUUACUUUUGUCUGUGUUUCAUAUGAUGUACUGCAGUUCAUUCUGGUCUCACAGUUUAAACUGCAGGUGGAGAGUGGAUUCAUUUACAUUUUGUGAUUGGGAGGUAAGCCAUGCCUGUUUCAGCUGAUGAAACUGUGGGGGACCUGGCUAUGAGGGACACGGGGCUGACUCCAGCUGGCAUUGAAGGACCACAAGAAUCAUCAGCUACACAGAAUGCCAAAGCUCGACAAGCCAUUUCACGGAUCAGCCGAGAGGAACUGGAAGACAGAUUCCUUCGCAUCAGCGAUGACCACAUCCUGCUCAAACAGCAUGCAAACAAGCAAGAGGAAAAAAUUAAAAGAAUGACCACCAAGCUGAUCCGGCUCGUGAACGAUAAAAGGAAAUCUGAGCAGGCUGGUGGUGGCCCCAGGAGGCUGGGCCAGGCCCUGGAGCUGGAGGAGAUGAUGGAGAAUCUGCAAGAAAGAGUCCGAGAGCUUGAGAAGCAGAACGAGAGCCUGCGCCACAAACUCAUCUCGACCAAACAGCAGCUGCAGAUCCAAGGCCACCGGCCCUGUCCCUACGGCCACGUCCAAUCCCGCAUCAACACGGGCCUCAGAAAAGUGGGAGAGGCUUCUGGAGUGCCAGAGCAGGCCAAGAAAGGAAUGAGAUUUCAGAAUUUAGCAGUGAGAUCAUCUGACCCUGUGCUCCCAAAAUGUGGACAGAGUCAGCUCGAGGAUUCAAGGGCUGAAAUAAGAAAUUUGGAGACCGUGAUUGACUCGCAGAGGAAACACAUCGAGGAACUGGAAUAUGCCCGAGAGGUUCUUGUGAACCAACUGAGAAGGAAAGAAAAGGAGAUUGAAGAAUCCAUCCUGAGGUUGAAGGAGCAAGGCACAGCAAGCCAAAGGCUAAACAUCCAGGACAACGUGGAGAUGAUCAAGGUCCGUAAGCAGCUGGCUGAGAAAAGCAAUGCUCUCUCAGCCAUGGAAGGGAAAUUCCUCCAGCUUCAAGAGAACCUGAAGAAUCUGAGGACCAACCACGACGCUUUGUUAGCAAAAGGUGAUGAACUGAACGAGCAGCUUAAAGAGGAGCGGUUAAAGUGCUUCCAUCUGCAGAAAGAGCUGCAGUCAGUAACUAUGUCAAACAGGAGGACAGAAGAGUUACAGGAAAGAAUAAAUUACCUGGAAAACGAGAAUGAACUCUUGAAGGAAAACUAUGAGAAGCUGCAUCAUAGUGUCUUCAGUGUGCCCUACGAGCAGCAAUGGAAAUCCAAGGAGCAGCAGCUGAAACUGCAGAUUGUUAAACUGGAGACGGCCAUCAAAUCUGACCUGGCAGACAAGAACGAAAUCCUCGACAAGAUUAAAGUAGAAAGAGACCAAAAGGAAAAGCUGAUGCAAGACAACAAGGACCUGCAGUUAUGCUACCUGGAACAAAAGCAACAACUGGAUGAUCUGAAAAAUCAAGUGAAGUUUUUCACCAAGUUGCAGGAAAGUGAUGUUGAUGUGGCAGAACUCAAUGAAGCCCUUUUGCUUAUAAAGGAUCGAAAGCAGCAGCAGAACAGGCACCCUCUGGCUUUGGAAAAACUGGAAGAUGAUGCCCAUAGGGAUCUGGAACACUCCAUGAGGGAGCUGCAGUUAACACACGCAGAAACGGUGCAAGAACUUGAGAAGACCAGGAACAUGUUAAUUAUGCAGCACAAAAUCAGCAAAGAUUACCAGACUGAAGUAGAAACAAUGACUAAAAAGAUGGAAAGGACACAGAAAGACUACGAGUUAAAACUGGAACAGUAUUCCCACCUGCUUGAUAUUAGAGCUGCACGCAUCAGAAAACUAGAAGCCCAACUAAGAGAUAUUGCGUAUGAUGGCAAACCACGUAAGUCCAGACCAGAAAUCCUACCGGCUGAUGAGGUGGACGGAUUUGUCGAGACUGUUCACUUAGAAAGAGGAGAGAACCUUUUUGAGAUCCACAUCGGCAGAGCCACCUUCUCCCCCGAAGCCCUGCACGCCCUGGGUGAGCAGCAGCCCGCCACCUUCUGCACGUACGCCUUCUACGACUUCGAGCUCCAGCUCAGCCCAGUGGUGCAGGGAGGUGCCCCAUCCUAUGACUUCACCUCUCAGUACCUCGUGCAGGCUGAUGACACCUUCUGUCACUACAUCCAGCAGAGCAGCGUCACCCUCGAGCUGCACCGCGCCUGCGGCGUCGACUACGAGACGCUGGCGGCCUGUCCGCUCGACUUCCACGAGGUCCUGGACAGCAACGGGAAGAUCCACAAAACAGCAAGCUUAGUUGGAAAACCAGGACACGUUCAAAAUUACGGUACCAUAGAAUACUGGAUCAGGUUACAAGUCCCUAUGGAUCAAGCUGUCAUUCCUUACAAACAGCCAAGGGCUCUGGGAUGUGUAACAUCCCAUUUUAGGGAACAUGAACAGCCAGCCCAGAAACCGAGCCCCAAACGGAGGCAGCGGGCAGUGCAGGCAGACAAGAGAGUCUCCUUUCUGGACCUGAAGCCAAUACAGCAGGUGCUGCAGGAGGUUAAACAGCUGGCAGAUGAUCAGGGGAAGGAGAUGGCUGAAGGAACUGGACAGGAAAAAGAAGAGCUCUCCCAUCUAUCUGAGAAACAAUUACCUGCCCAACCAUCAGUUCCUUCUGGAGAUGAGACACAAGUAACUGAAGAGUUGGAAUCAGAAGACCAAGAUGACAGACAAGAGGAUGAUGCUGUUGAAUCAAUCAAAACUGACAGUGAUGACUGUAUCAUCUCAAGUCCAGUAUCCACAAAUAUUAAACAGCUGAGUCAGAGUACAUAUGGCAAUUUGGAAGCUGAAAAAAUCCGCAUUAAAAUUACAUCCCUGGGUCUCACUGAAUCCCGAGUUACAGCUGAUGAAACAAUCCAGCAGCUGUUUGUGGAGUGCAGAUUAAACAACUUCCUUGCAGAGGAGACCCCCCUGUCCCUUCCAAAACCAACGGGGGGUCAGAGGAUCCACUACAACUACAGCACUGUGAUAAAUGUGGAUAAGGCACAUAAUGGUGCAGAAAGAGAGUAUCUCAAGUCGAUUCUUCUGAAGCCAGAUGUGCCUGCUGACAGCCUAAAAUUUACAGUGGUCAGUGAUCCCCCAGAAGAUGAGCAGGAUCUGGAGUGUGAGGAUGUCGGAUUUGCUUAUGUCAGUUUGAAAGAGAUCUUCCAGAAGCAAAGAGAUAUCAUUGAGCAAGAUAUUGAUGUUGUGGAUUCCCAAGAUGCCGGUGCCGUCAUUGGGAAGCUCACGGUGACAGUGGAGGCGCUCCAGGCUCUGCGUUCCGUGCUCCAGGAAUGCACCAGGAAGGAGUAGCAGCAGUCUCAAAGCGCCAGUUGGGGGUUGGGUUUGGAACUGAAGCUCGAGAACCAUCUACUCAGCAGCCAGGCUGCUUUCCUGUUGCUACAACAAGGCCCAGUUGUUGGUAUUUACAGUGCACCGUCAUCAGUCACAUCACAAUCCCCUGGUGAGCUGGGCAGGUGGGCUGUGAGACUGGGAGGGUUAUGAACAAGUGCUCAUUUGAAGUGACAAACCCCAAGGGCUCACUGUCCUGCCAGCCUCUCUCAGGUUGUGUCUCAGCAACUGGCCAGCCAAAAGCAGAGUGUCAGCACCUCAGAAAUCAUCUCCAGAAUUACCCGAGACUCUUCGGUCAAUCAUUUGUGCUGAGCUCCCUAAAAACAGGCACUGCUGCAAGAACUAUCCUACUUCAUGAGAAAAAAAAUAAUAUUCUCCACCAUGGGCUGGAGAACACAAUGCUGUGUUUAAAAUCCUGUGUUUUAAGUUCAAUCCCUGCCUCCUUGUUCAACCAAAUUUUGCCAGGGUGGGACCUCGAUGAGCGGGACUGACUCGUACUUGCCAUUUGGAUCCCAGUGGAAUCUGCUUUUUAGACACCCCUUGCUCCAAGGGUUAUCCAUAUCCAUAUCCAAUGCUCACUGCCAGAGCUCUCUGCAGAACGAUACAGCCCUUCACUGACAGCACUAAAUCAAAUCACAAAUGUUCCUAAAAACUAGCACUAACGUCAGGCUAGGCUGGAUUUUUUCAGUUAUCUGUGGGAGAUUGAGUUUCCAUAAAUAAACUAAAGCCUGUUUUUGAUGAAGGAAGUUCAACACAAAGCCAAAUUGUCCAAAGAGGCAAGAGCUUUUUCAAAGCAACAAAACUCCUUUAGUCCAAGCACGGGAGCAUCUUCGGACACACUGAGCUGGACAAAACAGGAUUGUGUGGGAACACACAGAGGGAAGGGCACUGGAUGCUGCUGGAGCAGUGAGCACAUGACCACAUGCACUUGGCAGCACUUCACAUUGACAGAUUGUUUAGGAGGGGGAGGUAUUAAAGUUUUUCUUCUCUUUUCAUGAGAAAGAAAUGAGACAGAGAGAAGUCAGUACAUCUGGCUGGGGCUUUCAGUGGCCUAAGCAAGGAACAAGCUCCAGGAAAUUUAGUUUGCUUUCAAGGUUGCCAGCCCUGGACUGUGGCAUUUCUGCCUUAGAGGUGGUGGCAGCUGCACCUAUUUCACACAAAUCUGGAUGAGCAGUAACUAUUUUCAGGUCCAUUCAUUAGAGACUCCUGACUCAAAACCUGCUGAAACAUGACUUUUUUACGUGUUCCACAAACCUGUUUGUGGUGCAGAUCAUCUUCCCCUCAGUGCUGUGGCUACAAAGACUCCUCUGAAAGGGAUGUGGGGGAGAGGAGGGCACAGCUAUUUUUCCAUUCACUGCAGCUGCACUGCAAGCAAUUUCUCAAAGACCCAAAGGAGGCAUUUACUGUGCUCACAGGAUUCAGGAGUUUGGAUAACAGAAUCCCUGUUUGCUUUUUGUUAAAUCCAAAUUUCACUCUAAGACUGGUGGGGGAUCAUCAUGAGAAAGGUGUGUAAAAUGGAUCUGAUGCAAAGAUUCAGACACAGGUCAAAUAAUGCAAAGGGAAGAACCCAACAAGCUCCCUGGGCUGGUGCCCCCAAAUUCUUACUGGCUGGUUAAAAAAAUUAUAUUCAUGUCUCUUGAGAAUCUCCAGGGCAAUUUGUACACUUUCAUUUAGUGUAGCACAAAUCUGUCAUUGAUUGUCCCAAAAAUGACAUAUUGCUCAACAAUUCCGGAAUUCAGCAAUCAUUCAGUCAAGUAUUCAUCAGCCUCAGCUGGUAUAAAUUGGGGCAGCAUUUAAAAUCCAUCUGCCUUUAUUAUACCCUGCUACAAAGGAAACGAGAAAUCUGAGUGCAUCCAUCCAGUGCAAAAGGGAGAGAUAAUUUACUGCAAAAUCAACAAAGGGUGAGAAGAGCUGAGCAGAGAAGCUGAAUUGCAUGGACAGGGAGAGAGAGCCUUUCCCUUCAGCACUGCUCAUCAGCAUUCUACAGAAAGCAGACCUGGUGGGUUUAAACAGCACCUCAUUUUCAACAUGCUCAUCUUCAACCUGUGUCUUUCUGGUUCUCAUAAUUCAACCAGCAAAGUAAUUCCUGGUCAAAUAGAGCUCUCCCUUGUUUCUUUUUAAACACAAGGACACGCAUACCAAGGGUUUUGAGGUGCUGUCAGGUAGUUUGUUGGUAAAGCAGUCAUUGCACCCAUUCCAGGGGAGAAAUGCACUGCUUUGUUGUUGUCCUUUCACUCCUGUGUGCCCAGCAGGGAAUGGUGGCACACACUGCAGCACUGGGAGAAUGUGACAUGGCACAUGGUAUUACAACAAAAGAAAUGUGAAAUAAAAUCAGCAAUCAAA